CGAAUCAGCGAAAAGAACAAUAAGUAUGGCGAUUGACAGUUCGACCAAUGUGAAGUUGGCUCACACACUUCACACGAACUGUCAUCCAUCGCCAGACACACAUUCGUUCGACGAUAACAUUUCGAAUUGUGUGUAUGUCGGAUUUUUAACAAGAGAAAAACUUUAUUUAAAUUAAUGAAGUGAAUGUUUUUUUUUAUCAUAAGAUUUAAAUCAAUAUGAACUCACUGAGACGACACAUCCCAAGGUUAUCGACGAAUUUCCAAAAUAUCUACAAAUUCUCACAACGAUGGGCCUCAACGCGAGACGAUGUACGACGCUAUCAAAAUGAAUUGUUUGAGUUGGAAAAGAAACGACAACGAGAUGCUGUUGGUCGAAUUGAGAAAAUUGAAGUGCGCUACCUUGGUUUGCCCGAAGAUUGUACACUUGUUAUGAACAAAAACCUGUCUACACCGUACAAUUGUGCACAACAUUUAUCGGAUGUUCACUGCAACCGAUCCGCAAUAGCUUUGAUUGAUGGUACAAUUCCAUGGGAUAUGCACAGACCAUUUGAGGAUUCAUGUACACUGCAGCUGUUGAAUUUCACCGUUGCCGAACCAUACUUGGCUAAUCGUGCAUUUUGGCGUUCGUGUUCGUUCAUGUUGGGCGCCGCUCUAUCGAAAGUCUUCAAGGAUUCAGUCAACAUUCAAUUGCACAGUUUCCCAUCACCGAAUGUAAAGUCCGGUAGUUUCGUGUAUGACAUUUCAUUGAACCAUCAAAACUGGAAGCCAAACAAAGAAGAGUUGCGAACCAUUUCAGCUGAAAUGGUGAAAAUGGCUGCAAAAGACCUGAAAUUCGAACGGCUUGAGGUGAUGCACGAUUUGGCUUUGGAAAUCUUCAAAGACUGUCCAUUUAAGCGUGAGCAGUUGCCAAGUAUUUCAAAAGAUGGUUCAGUCAUUAUUUACCGUAUCGGAGAUCACAUUGACAUCAGUCGAGGACCAAUGAUGGGAUCAACGGCGCUACUUGGUCGAUGCACAAUCGGUGGUGUGUUCAAAAUUAGCGAUAUCAACAAAACAGAUAGCUUUUAUCGUGUGCAAGGGGUUGCCCUACCCAGAGACAUUAUUCUAAAUCACUAUGCAUACGGCAUCUUGGAGGAUCGCAUUAAGGAAAUGAAUCCAGCACGUUUACCAACUGAACCGAUGGAUAAGAAUGUGUACGGAUACGGAAAGUUGGCUUGAAUGGUGCUUUGAAUAUCCUAUCGUUUUGUUAGAAUAUUUUUUAAGAAUAUUGCAAAUAAAAGCGGAAAAACGUA